GAGAGAGAGAGAGAUAGGAGAACAAACCAAAGAUGAAGUUACUUGGUUGGAUGCACCGCAAGCUCCGGCAGAAUGAGCCGGUCAAAGAUUUCUGUAUUGGGCAAGCCUACAAUUGCCUGACAUCGCAGCCACCGACGGAAGACCACGAAACCUUCCCCCACCAGAAACUCAACAACAAAUCGCCAUACCUGGGAUUCCCACACGAACAAGAAGAAGAGGAGCAAGACCAGGACCACUACUACGAGGACCUCUUCCAUGGAUUCCUAGCAAUAGGAACCCUGGGUUCAACCGACCCAUCAACCCCAACAUUCGAAUUCUCCCUCGAGAACAUAACCGAGAACGAAGCCGAUCAGGAAGCAACCGAGAACGAGCUCCAGCUGAUCAACGACGAGCUGGAGAAGGUAUUGGCAGCGGAGGAAUCGUCGGCCAGGAACAGCCACGUGAGUGGAGGGAGGAGCAGCCAUGGGAGCACCAUUACUCUGAGCGGGAAGGGUUUGGUGGAAGGCAGAGUGAGCAAUGGGGUCUGCCCGUUGCAGGGGUAUCUGUUUGGGUCUGCGGUUGAGAUUCCUGCGGAAGGAGAGAAACUGAUGGGCGAAGCUGGAAGGAAGAAGGAAACCAGGACUUCCCUUGGGGAGCUGUUUCAGAGGAGCAAGAUGUGUGAGGAUGAGAAUGGCGGGAAAUGGGAGGGGGCAGAGAAGAAGAAUGAGAAGGAAGGGGAGAAGUUUCAUGUGCAGGUUUUGAAGAAGAUGAUGAUGAAGAAAUUGAUGCGUGCUUGUUCCAGGAAAUCGGAUGAUGAUGGUUCUGGCGGCGCCAGUGCUGAGUAUGGUUCGGCGGAGAAGAAACUGCAUAAGAUCAUGCGCAUGUUCCACAGGAAAGUUCAUCCUGAGAGUACAGAGACUGGACAAGCAGCAACAGCUAGAAAGGCAGGAAACAAAUCCGACAAGCACAAAGAUAAGAGGAACAAGAAGAAGGGAUCCCCCAACAACAACAACAGCAAUGAAGCUGCCAGUGCCGCUAAUCGAGAGGAGACGAGAAGGGGAUACAUACGCCCGGAGCCAGAGUUCACCCUCGAUGACUGUGACUCUAAUGGGAGCAGGGAAUGCUGGAUCAAGACAGAUGCUCAGUACCUGGUGUUAGAGCUCUGAGAAUGAAAUGCAGCACCAGCUGAGAAUGAUUUUCUUCUUAAAGGUUGUGACGAAAACAUCGGUACUCUGUACCGAAUACAUGUGUGGCAGUAGUUGAUUCUGGGGCGUGCUGUGCUGUGUGUCCUGAAAUUUAAGGAUCUCGUUUGUGGCUUGUACUAUUUUCUAUGUCGAUUAAUACGAAACGUGUUUUCGAACUUAAAAACCGAGUGUUGUAUUACCAUGGAAGUGCUUCGAGUGAGUUGAACGCGUGUGAAAUAAGAAAGGGGGAAAUGGCAGCAGCCAUAGCCUUCCUUCCAAGUCCCUUGUAUUUGAUGUAUUAUAUUCUGUGAACACUCCACGUCUGUAAUAUUGUUUCAAGC